AUGGGAUUCAAAAGCUUAUUGAAAUUGGAAAUUGAUGAGUUGCCUUCAUCACUUGGUUUCUUUGUUGUUAAAAGCUUUGAUAUAAAGAAAAAGGUACUAGAAGUUAUAAAUGGAGAAAUUAAGGUUGACAGACAAAGUGUGAAUGCGAUGCUUGGAAUUCCAAUGGGUGACCAAAAAGUGGAAGACCUUAGUUUUCGAUCUGCAGAAGAUGAAUGUUACAUUAAAAAAGAUGGAGUGCAGCACAAAUUUUAUAAUAUAGAUGGAGAACCUCACAGUUUGGAAAUUCCUCAAAAAGUUCAAACAACUUCGGAAAAUCAACAUCUUCCAAAAGCAUAUGUUCAGGUCGAGCAGAUCAUUGAAGGAGAAAGACUUCAUAAAAGUCUAAAUGAUUUGAGACAAUCAAAUUACAGUGAGCAAGAUAUCAUUUCGUUUCUUAAUAUCACCAAAGAACAACUUAAGGAAUUUGAUGACUUCUUUCAUAAAUCAAAAGAAAUUCCAAAGAAUAUGUCAGAAGAAGGAAUUGAUGAAAAACAAAAGAAGGAAGAUAAUGUGGUGGAUAACAAAGAGGAGGUGGAUGACACAGAGGAGGUGCAUGACACAGUGGAAGGAAGAUCUAGAAAAACUUCUAAAAUGAUCAGAACUAGAAAAACUUCUGAAAGGAUCACUAAGAACAUGUUAAAAAAAACUGUAAUAGAAAAAAGGAAUAGGAAUGUCUAA